AUGGCGAGCCGGGGCUCGGGCUCCUCGGAGCACCUGGAGCGGCUGCACGAGAUCUUCCGCGGGCUGCACGGAGACCUGCGGGCCGUGCCCGAGCGGCUGCGGGGCAGCGCGGCCGAGGAGAGAAAAAAACUAGUUCGAGAAUUUGAUGAGAAGCAGCGUGAAGCAAGUGAAACACUGCGGGAGAUGGAGGAGGAACUGAAAUACGCUCCUCUGCCUUUCCGCAACCAAAUGAUGAGCAAAAUCCGGGCUUACAGAAGAGACCUCUCCAUGUUCCAGAGAGAGAUGAGAAGUACGGAUUUGGGAUUGGGCCCUGGAGGUCAAGGAGAUACAAAAUAUGGAAUCUUCUCCACAGAAAAUGAGCAUAGUACUCAUGUGCAGGCGCAGAGGGUGCUGCUUCUGCAGGGCACAGACAGCCUGAACCGGGCGACGCAGAGCAUUGAGCGUUCCCACCGCAUCGCUGCCGAGACCGACCAGAUCGGCACGGACAUCAUCGAAGAGCUUGGGGAGCAGCGGGAGCAGCUGGAGCGCACCAAGAGCAGGUUGGUGAAUACAAGUGAGAACCUAAGCAAGAGUCGCAAGAUUCUCCGUGCCAUGUCCAGAAGAGUAAUCACAAAUAAGUUGUUGCUGUCGAUUAUCAUCGUCCUGGAACUAGCCAUCCUGGGAGGUGUGGUCUACUACAAAUUCUUUCGCAGCAGAUGAAUUUUUGUGGCUGAAACAAAUGAAGGGCUUUCUGUACCGCUGAGGAGCGGAACGGGGCAUCCGUUCCCUGGGGCUGGCCAAGGUGGAACCGUCCCAUGCGACAGCAUGUUCCAAUGAAACUGUACUAACUCUAGAGACACUGAGUGGGAGCAAAAGGAAACUGCACA